AUGAAUCCAGACGGAUGCCAAUAUGAUCCACUGUAUGGUUAUACUCAACCUCAGGGUAGGCUCACUACUGCUCCGGAUAUUACAACAUUGACACCUUUCGCUCCACAGCCACCUCCACUUGGAGAAUACUCUACCACGCAUCCAUUACCUACCUAUGAUCCUUACAGAUAUUCUUCUUAUUAUCCAACAACAUAUGGACCAGCAACUGGUUCCACUUCAUUUUAUUCACCCGAUCUCUCGUCUUUUUCCGUCACUCGCAGUGGAUCCGACUUUAACAAAUCCGCUCGAACUGAUUUGACAUUAUUAAAAGAAGUCGAUGUGAAGCAAGAGCGUGAUAUUAAAGAUCAUCCGAUUGAUCUGCUAGCAGUUGCUGGCGGCUCAACAUCAGACCUUGGAGAUUCACAUUCCGACCUUGCGCAAGGUGGCAAUGAUGCUAAUCAACAGAAUAUGAUCGCUCAUCAAGCUGAUGGCGUUCAAACGCCUAAAAGACUAGAUCGGCGAAAAGCAGCAACAAUGCGUGAAAGGCGGCGACUCCGUAAAGUGAAUGAAGCUUUUGAGGUAGUAAAACAAAGGACGUGCCCGAAUCCAAACCAAAGAUUACCUAAGGUUGAAAUUUUACGAAGUGCUAUCGAAUAUAUAACGAAAUUGGAAACCAUGUUACAAAGCCAGGGAAAAAUGACAAAAAUAAUGGCAGCCAAUCAAGGAAUUCAGUUACCUGAAAGCGACAAUCAGGAUUAUGUUAACGUGCAUGUCGCUAACAAUAAUGGAGCGACAUAUUAUGAUUCUAAACUUGGACCUUAUUCAGAAGAUGCAGAAGAAUUCACAACUGUAACAAAUGAUGAUAAUCUGCACGAUUCAGGUGAAUUAGGUUUAAAGAAAAAUUUUUAA